AGCUAUUUCUCUAUUCGUCGUCCGCUCGGCUUCAGUCUCUGAGACGAUUUCGUGCGCUUCGCGACUCCCGCCUUUCCGAAUUUUUGACUAUUUUCUAUCUUACCGGGACACCUACGUAGUGACGUUAAACGUGAUUAUACGUACCGCGUACAUCUUGUCUCUUAGACACCGUAGUCUAAGCUUUUUAAUUUUUAAUCGUGUUGUUUUUAUUUCAAUUUUAUUCUAAGUUAAGUUAGUUUUAAGUUUAGUCCGCCAUCUUGUGACGCUUUCAAAAUAACGAUCAAAACGCGCGUCGGUCGUAAGAUGGUCAGUAAGGAGCCGCCAUUGCAGCCAGUGGAAGUUAAGAGUAAAAGGAGAAGACGUAGAGCGGGCAACAGAGCUGGGAAGAGGCGUUCUAGGAAGACUACAGUUGCCGUCGCGGCUGUGGCGACGUUGCCUUCGGAGAAAUACUCGAGCCCUGUCAAGUGUGCUGUUCACGCGUUCCUGAUGAGAUACCAGAGUGCGCUGAGGAAGGUGCCGGCUCAUCUGCCGCCGCGGGUCCACGCCGGGCCGCCUUCGAAGCGGGUUAAACGAGUUUCUUGGAGUCACGACGAGAGCGGGUCGAUGAGCGGCGGCGGCGACCCGGCGGUGCUCGCCGUCGGGCCGGCGCGGCGGCCGCUCACCUACACCCGCGAGCAACUGUUACGGCUGCGGCACUCGCCGCUCGUCAAGAAGGGGCUCGACGUGCCGCUCGCGGGCUGCGACGCGCUCGCGCUGGUGUUGAAAAAGAGGUCCGACUCGCCUAACGAAGAUGAUCGAGGGGCCAGAGGCGACGCACCAGCCGAAAACCACAAGGGAGUGUAUGGCCGCGAACGCGAACGAGAGCGUCGUUCCGCCGACCCUCGCGAGCGCGUCCGUAAGGAGAGCGAGCCGAGCAGCGGUAUAGUGUUGUCUCCUCAACGGCGCUCCUUCACGAGUGGUUGUGGAGCGCCUGCUGCCGCUGCGGCUCCUCCGCCGCAUGUGGCUAGGACGAGGCCGGAGUCCCCGCUGUGCCCCGCGCCCGCUCAAGCCAAGCCUGAACCAGCGGGUCGGCGUAUCGGCUCCGGGCGAAUCAUGGUGCGAGAUGUACCGCAUGCGGGCUGGGAGGAGCCCGAGUACCGGCCCAGCGAACCUUACCGGCCUCGCGAACACCGGCCCAACGGCGAAAGGUUCGAGCGACGUUCGUUUACCCGUGACUCCUACUCCUCUGAUAUUAAGAGGGAAAGGGAAGACCGAUUCAACAACGAAAAACAGAGAGAGAGGGAAGACAACCGCAGAUCAGGUGGUCGCUAUUCUCAACGACGUUUUGAGAAAGAAGAUGAACCAGAGUGGUUUAGUGGAGGGCCGACAUCUCAACAUGACACCAUCGAGCUCCGCGGUUUCGACGAGCCCACUAAGAAGAACGGCUCGACGAGCGGCAAAGAGACUGAGAAAUGGAACAACAACAGCGGUGCCAGAUCGCCCGGCACCGAGCGAAACGAGCGCCCCGAGCGAGGCGAGCGGCUCGAGCGGUGGCGGAGCGAGUCCACGUCUGAGCCGGCACCGAUUGAAGACUCCAAUGACACUAGCAAUGAUAAGGAUUCAGGGGUGGAGUCGAAGGCGGAGGAGCCGGCGGGCUCGCAGCCCGACUUCAACCUCGACGAGUUCCUCAAGCUGGACUCCAUACCCGACGUGCUCACGAAUGGCGGCGGUGAGAGCGAAGGCGGCAGCAGAUUCAGCCGCUGGUUCCGCCGCGAAAGUCCCACCAACGACUCGCGCCAUUACGAGAGGCUACUCACUAAUAUGGUCGACGACCUGGAUAACCCGGCGAGGCCGCCGGCCAGAGAGCCGAGCCACAUGUUCGCGCCGAUCUCCCCCGCCGCGCCGCCCUCGCUGCUGGAUCUGCUGUGCCGCGCCAACGCCAACUCGGACCCGAGGCCUGAGAUGAACAACGUGGGUGGCAAGAUCCACAGCCUCGAGGAGCUGGAGGCGCGCCUGCGGCCGCCGCAGCCUGCGCCGCACCCCGACCACGACCUGUCCGCCUUCAAGCGACUUCUGGCGCAGGUGUCCGGCGGACACGCCGUGCCGGCCGCCGAGCAGCAGCAGCGGCCGCCGCCGCAGCCCAUGAGCCUAUUGCAGAUGUUGAACAAGAGCAUGGAACAACAACAACAACAGCAGCAACAACAGAAAGCGCCGCCGGCGCAGCCGCACAUCCCUCAAGAGCUGCUUUACAAACUGCUGCAAGUGCAACAGCACCAGCAGCAGCAGCAGCAGCAGAGCGAGCUGCUGCCGCCCGCGCCGGCGCCGGCGCCCGGCCCGUCGCCCGCCGACCGCGAGCUGCUGCAGCGCCCCGAGGCGCAGGCCAUCAUACACGGUCUGAAAGCGGGCGAGAUAACGGUGCAGCAUCUGAUGCAGCAAUUAGGAAAUCCAGGGCUGCAGUCGCGCCAUCGCGAGGUGCUACUCACUAUACUGCGGCUUCAUCAACAACAAAGACAGCAACAGAUGGGCGGGUCUCCGCUGCCGGGCGUGGGCGCGGCGCCGCACCUGGUGGUGCCGCCGCUUCACCAGCCGCUGCGUCUGUCGCCGCUGCCGCAUCCCACGUUUUGCGUGUCCCCCAUAAUGCCGACCAGCCCCAACACGCUGGCCGUGCACCACCCAGGCGUGCCAGCCCGCAUCCCGUCCCCGCGCGAGCUCGCCGCCCACACCCAGUGCAUCAUGCAGAGUGCCCUCAUCAAGAAGAAGCUAGAGGAACAGCGCGAGAACUACCGCCGCCGACACGACCCGCCCAAGGGCACUCCCAUCUCGUUCACACCCACAUCCGUAUUACGUAAAAUGACCGCAGAUAAGGAAUCCGACGCGCCCAGCCCCAAGCAGCAGCAGUGGGCGCAGCCGCCUAAGAUGCCGCAAGGACGGCCCAUCGUCAAGGGCAACCAGAGCGGAGCAGCGCCACCUAUGGGAUACGCGCCGUCACCGGCAGACUACCAACACCAUUAUCAACAGCAGCAAAUGUCGGGCAGCGUACGUCAGUUCCUGCAUCCGCAACAGAGGCAGCAAGUACCCAAUGCGCUAAACAAUAUGAACAACAUGAACAAUAUGAACAACAUGACCCGCGGCAUCGCCGGGGGUACCACUCUGCACCAAUUGCUAGUCCAGUCACAUCAGAGGAGUCUCAACGAGCUGGGCGGCGUGGGCGUGGGCGUGGGCGUGGGCGUGGGCGGGUCGGGCGGCGGCGACAACCAGCUGGCGCGCUGGUUCUCGCCCGAGCUGCUGGCGCGCGCGCAGGCCGGCAAGCUGCCCUCCGUGCACGUGCCCAACGCGCUCGCGCUCGAGGACCUGGAGCGCCACCACCACUCGCCGGCGCCGCCUCUGCGCAACUGAACCCUCUACGAAUACAUUUUUUUUAAACGGCGUAGAUUCUUCGGACGGUGUGAAAUGUUGAGGCUAAAAAUUAAGAGUGAGGGUCGGUUGCACCGAACUGUCAUCGUUAAUGAGUUCGCUAAAUUUUAUUGUAUUGGAAGAUAGUAAACCGCCGCGGCGCGCCCGGUGAUGGUGAUCAGUCUGUCGAGGGUGCGACUAGUACUAAGAGUCGGACCGGGCUAACGCUGCGCGGCCGGUGUGGAAAGUGCCACUAUAGACUUCAAAUUCCUAUAGUCAUUGAGUUAUUAAUUACUAUAGAGAAGCCAUACCAAACAUUUGAAAUUGUCGCAAUCGCAACCUGUACCACGCGAACAAAACGUCGAAGCGCCGUAAUAUUCAUAUCGUUUACGCUUUUAAGAGAUUCACACUCUGCUUCUGAUGAUGUCAAAAAAUCAACUCAUGGCGAAAAUACUGUUUCUCUGUGCCGGUUCUAUACGUUAGUAAUAAUAGCUCAAUGAUGAUUAAGAGUUGAACCAAGCGAACUCUUCAUGCUAUUUGUAAUGACAAGGUGUGGCAAUGUCAUCAUUAGAAUUGUAUUAUUCUCGAGAACGUUCUUCGUUUUCUGUGAUAAAUAUUCUCGAGUGAAAACAUUUCUCAUACUAACCGGAGAACGUUCUUAACCUGUAGCCGCCCAGAGGCCUAUAAAAAGGUCUCCUGCUCCAUUCUAACUUGAAUCUUUAUUUUGACAAAUCUAAAUAGUAAUUGCCUUGGUAAGUUUUGAUGCCUAGGCGUAGAGAUUAAGACCGGCACAACUUUAAUCAAUUAAUGUCAAAUUUCUAUGCAAAUGUGACGUUAAUCUAAUGAAACUUUUCACUUUCUGCAGUUCAAAUCGAUGCAAAGUUAACUUGGACGGACUCUAUGACGUUUAUAGUGUAAUUUCCACACUUUGGAAAUGUGCAAAGUUACCUUAUAGUCUGAGCAACUAUUCUGUAUUUAGAGAUAGUCAGAAAAUACAAAAAAUAGGCGUGACGGUUAAAGAUAUUUCCAGUUGGGACGUUGAAAACAGUAAUAUAUCUAUGUUUGUUGGUCACCAUAGUUGCACAGACUAUAAUUAACAAAACAGUAGUGACAUCUGGAGUAUGAAAUGUAAUCCAAUCUUGAUACCACGUGCAUGGAUAGUGGUUAUUGUACUCUGUAUUAUAAGGGUGGUAUUCCAUCUAUCCAAUAUCUUUUUCCAAUGAGUAUUGUGUCUCACAUUUUACUUUAAUGAGAGAGUGGGACGCAAUGACAUUGGACAGGUGGAAUACCACACUUAGACGAAACUCGUUUAUAAUCUGCUAUUGGAACUGAGUUAUUUAUUGCCCGAAACUCAUUAGAUUGAUGUAUAAAGGCCACGAGAAACGUAAUUUAAGGUACUAUUUCAAUCGAUUCAUCAAGUUUAAUUUCACACUAAACCUAUAAGUGGUAUUACUUUGAUUAAUGGAAAUAUAUCUCACAAAAUAGUCUUAAUACUGCACAGUUUAAUUGCUCAAGCUUCUUUGGACUAUUUGGACUGACACAAUUGAAAUAGUACCCUAAAAACGCUUAAAAAUGUAAGUAAAUUAUUUGUGACUAACUUAAGUUUUGUGAACUGGUUCCUUUUAUGUCAUCCCCGGUCGCUGCCAGUCAGAUCCGAUUAUUAACAGAUUGUUCUAACACUUGGCCAUCCUGAUAUCCGGGUUGUCCCUGCAUGCACCUUUUUCUGUUGCCAUUUUAUUGUAUCAUAUCUUAAAGCACGUACAGAGGAUCACCUAUAGCAAAAUUUUAUUGAUUGUAUAUGAAAGUCUAAGAUAAAUUCUUGCUUAGAGUUUGACAGCUUGAUGUAAAUGGCUCGGGCCGGAGUAUCGUACUGGAUUAUCAAACUUAAACUUUUGACAAUCCAGUGACCUCAAAACAUGGCACAAUACAGUCAGCAGCAGAAGUUUCUAAGCGGGCGAGGUGUUCAAAAUGAUCUUGACGCGACUUUAUUGUUAAAAGUGUAAGAGCGUGUCAAGGUAAUUUUGAAGAUCUCGGCCGCUUAGCAACUUAUGCUGCUGACUGUACCAUCGGCCACACUGUUAACUGUCCAUCGGUGGAACUUAUGCCUUUUGUAAUAAGUUCCACCGAUGUACAGUUAAGUGUUGCUCUUUGUACAAGCCCAUAUAUUUCAGUUGUCAAACUUUGAGGACAUAUUUUUUUCUUCGACUUGACAUAUCUUCAAUCAAUAACUGCCUAUGGCAUGAAAAGCUGGUAUUUUCAUGCUGUGGAUUGGAUAACGAAAUGGCUAACAUGUCUUCGAAAUAAAAAUAUUUUUCAUCCAUGAAUGAUACACCAAAUCCCAGUUUAUAAUGUUGACAAAUUUGACGAAUCACGUGUAACAACCAGUAUCACCAGUGUUUUUUAAAAACGGACACGUUAGAUUAUAUACAUACUUUACCGGAACUUAAAUUGAUAAUUAUAACAUGUCAAAUAAUGUAACAAAGUGCAUAAAUUAAUGACAAUGACCAAAAUCUCGUUGGCAAUUUAACGGCGAUAUUUUGACAUAAUGGCAGCUAGCAUCAAAAUACUCGUGAAAUGGACAACUGAAACCUGGGUGGAUGCAAAAAGUCAAAUAAAUGUCCUGUCAAUAUAAAUUUCAGGUUAGGAAGCUAAUAUCAUCAUUGCAAUGAAAGGAAAGUAAUGUUGAACUUUUGACUGUCUGUAACUAUAAUGGUCAAAUAUAUGUGAUUGAUAUUGAUACCUGAAAUGUUAUAAAAUUAUUGACAGUAUUGUAAAACAUGUUUCCUGGUAGAAAUUCCGACGUCUAUUACAUUAAUAGAACUUUUGUCUACAUGAUAAACCGUUUAUGAGAAAAUAUGGUAGAAAAUAAUUUUACUUUGAAUACAUAUUUACAUUUUCUUCCAUUUUUGAAAUAUAAAGAAAAAUAUAAUAUUUAUAAAGUUGAUUCAUGUAGACCGGAGUUUUUUAAUUGAUGGACUGAAUGAAUACGCGUUAUUAAACAAAACAAUAAUACAUACUUUGCCACUUAAAAUAAAAAUAUACAGUUACCGUUAUGGUUUAAAAAAGUAUUUUUUAAGACAUUCAUUGAAUUUCUACAUAAUCAUGUUUUAAAACAGUGACGGUUGUUAGGGCAGACACUGUCAAUAAAUAAUGUCGUUCCUGUAUGUAGUUGGAACAAGAUCGGAUCACUAAAAGCGUAGCCACUACUUGUUGUCUGCCCUCUUUGCAACGCAACUGACUUCUAACUCAUGUAAUAGAAUAAAGAUUUUGUCUCUUUCUUUCGCACAUUUCAAGGACGGAAAGAGACAAAUGAUUAUCAUGGAAUAUUAGCUGUAGUCCGAGGUAGCAGCUGAGGGGUUAACUUUUUGAUGUAUUUCUUUGUAUAGUGAGUUUACUCGUAGAUUCUGGUAUCGUAUAAUGUAUUAUUUAGCCCCGUGUCAGCUCCCUUAUUUUGACUAUUAUUACAGUUGGAUGCGGUCAAUAAUACUGAUGAUAUUUUAGCUUAAAAAUAAGCUAGAAAUGCCGUCAUUUAGUUCACAUGUAACCUAGCCUGUAUAUGACGAUAUGUUUCAUCAUUAUUAUUGAACUAGUAGCCCUGACUUAUCUGUAUUUAAAAUGGGAGAUAUACUUAGACAUGUAAAAACAUAGCGCCAUCCGAUAUUUGACUAAAAGAAAGUGAGUGGAACUAGAUAAUGUAAGCCGCCGACAAGCGAAUUGAUUGAAAAACUAAAUAAUCAAACAAAAUAUCUACGUAAUACUUCUGUGACAUGUUUGUAUUGGUAAUUAUGUGAUGUUGAUGGCUAAGUGAAUUAUUUAGUUUUUUUAUAUGUGCUUGAUUAUUUGAACCGGCGGUGACACUUCACGGAGUAUCGCGGGAAAGAUUGGGUAGUUGACAAAUGCGAAUGAUGAACUGUUUUGAGUGAACGGAACGAGUGAAUGAUAACGAAUGAACGGGAAUAUAGUAUGCAGAAUAAUAUAUAUUGUAUAAUGUUUAUGUAUGUCUACGGUUGUGUUUGUUAGCAUUUUUGUUACUACGUCAUUUAUGAGAGGAGAAGAUUUUGGUUUACGAUGAAUGUCGUGUGUUCAUUUCGUUAAGAACAUUUUUGUAAUGGAUUUUGGAGCGUCCCCAAAUGUAAAAGACUAGCAUUUGAGUUUUGGGAUUCCACGAACUACGGAUAGUAUAUUUUUUUAAACGUUUUACGUAUUCCACUGUACGACGUUUUAGCGAUUUGUGGAGUUUUUUUGCAAUAUAUCCCAAUCAAGUAUUUUAGUAAGAUCUUGACAAUCCUCCGGGAACCGUCAACGUUAAAGUUUAUAUUAUACAUCCAAAAAUUCUUUUAAUGUUUCGAUUUUAAAUUUAUCGCUGUACAAACUUCUCCAAACUUCAUACUCGAAAUGAUUUAGGGUUUAGGCUUAGGACGGUAGGGCGGAUUGUCAAGAUACAUUAUCAUUGAUUGGUCAUUUAAUUUUCGAACAAAACGAGACCUGAGCACGUCAAUUAGAUAUCAUUUCAUGACCCUGGAUUAUACCGUCCCAGUGUCAAAUAAAAUUGGCUCAACAAAGCAAUAUUGCGUAUACCAUUUCGCCUUAUGCCUUUGUGUACCGGUGUAAAUAUAUCCCCAUUUGAACGGCUUGCUCAGAUGGGGAGCUCAGAUUCGGAAUAGUGUAGCAGGUUUCAGAUAUAUUAUGGACUGUGUGAAGCAAUCAUGGACUGGUUACGAAGACCGCGCAGACGCAUUUGAUGCGCCCAGCGAUUUUGGUAGUAAUGAAUAGUGGCGAAAUUUCAGUUUGUGUCGCGUCCCGUGAUGCGGUCGCUUACGUAUUACAACUUAAAAAAAAUGUCUCCUGUAAGCUUUAAAUUAUUGAUUAAAGAAAAUUUGAAAGUU